AUGGCGCCCGCCCCCGAGGCCCCCAGGCUCCCCGCCUCGGCCGACUUCAACGCCAUCUACAACCGCAUCUCCCUCGCCUCCGCCAAGCAGGCGAGCUUCCUCGCCUCGAUGCGCUCAAAGUACCCCUCCCUCGCGCGGCCGGCGCCCGCUGCCUCCUCCUCCUCCUCCACCGCCGCCGCCGCCUCCUCGAACGGCACCUUCUCCUCCCUUACGAAACCCGACCCGUCCCCCGACUCCCGCGACCCCGCCGUAACCCCCCGAGGACCCCGAGAUGACGAAAUUCGCCUCGAGAACCCCAACACGGGGCUGGGUUACGCCGCCCCCAAGUCCGAACACGCCGCCUCGGCCGCCACCCGCGACCUGAGCCGCCGCCUGCUGGGUGGAAAGCGGGGUCGCGCCGACGACCCCAAGGCCGCCGCCGCCGCACUCGCCAAGCGCAGGCUUCAAGACGACGAGAGCGAGGAGGAGGAAGGUCGCAGCGGCCUGGGACGGAGCAAGAAGAGGCGGGUCGGGCAGGAGACUCCCGAGGCGGAGCCAUCUCCGACGGCGGCGCCGACGACCACGCUCGCGCCCGCACCCGAACCCGAACCCAAUGCGGCAGAGGACGAAAGUGAAAGUGCAGACGUUGCGAUGCGCGAGACCGCCGACACGGAAAAGGGGGAGGAGAGCAGCUCUGCCGCCUCGGCCAAGGACGCUGCUGCUGAUGCUGCGCCCGUGGGCCCCGCCGGACCCGACAACCGGCCCGAGACGGGCGAGACCUCUAAGAAGAGACGGAAGAAGAACAGGAACAAGCAGAACAAGGCUGCGGCUAAGGCUGCGGCGGCUGGAACGAAAGAAGAUAACUAA